CCAGCACAAGAAGAUCCAAGAUGCCGGACACAAUCAUGUCCAAGGAGCCCAGUUCCAACCUGGAGAGUGCCAUGCAGAUGCUGAUAAAGACCUUCCACAAGUAUUCAGGGAAGGAAGGAGACAAGUACACGCUGAGCAGGAGUGAACUGAAGGAGCUGUUACUAGAGGAGCUGGGAAGUUACUUGGGGAGCUCCAAAGAUAAUGAAGCGGUUGAGAAGGUGAUGAACGACUUGGACGCCAACAACGACGGGGAGGUGGAUUUCACCGAGUUCAUCAUUCUGAUGGGCGCCCUAACGGUCGCCUGCAAUGACUUCUUCCUGGAGUACAAAACAGAUGACAAACCAAAGGGCGAUAGCAAAGGCGAUUCAGCGGAGAAGAAAGAAUGA